AUGUCGACGCUGAGCUCCGCCGGAGUCGUCAGCCUCGGUGCGACAACGCGCGGGGGUCUCCCCGCGCCGCGCCGCCGCUCGCGGGCGCACGUCGCCGCGCGAACCGUCAACGCGGUCCGCGCGGGCGGCGACCCAUCGCCAUCCGCCGUUUGGCCGCAUCGGGGCGCAAACUCGGGGCGCCGCGUCGCCCGCCGCGGCGACGCGGUGGUUCGCCGGGGUUUCCUCGAUCGCCUCUUCGGAGGCGAUAAGAAGGAACCAAGCGACGGGAACGGCGACGAGACGCCCGCGUCGAAGCCCGUCGCGGCGCCCGAUACGGAGCCCGAGCCCCCCGCCGCGACCACGUCGUCGUCAUCGUCCGCCGCUUCGACCGCGUCGGAUCCCGCCGCGGCGCCCGCGAAGCCCAAGCGCAGGGUCGAGUACGACAUGCCCAAGCCGGACUUCACCUCCACGAUGUCCGCGCUGGACGCCCUGGUGGGCGCCACCGACGAGGAGAAGCAGCGCGAGGAGGAGGCCAAGGCUGACGACGCCGCGUUCGCCGAGGCUGAGCGAAAGCGACUCGACAAGGAGGCGUCGAGGUCGUCGUCGUCGGACGAUUCGGACGGCGUCACGCUGACCGUCGCGCCCGGGGUGCUGGAGGCCAUCGAGCAGGCGGAGAAAGCGCGAAAGAGUGGAUCCGUGCCGAAGGACGUCGAGUCGUUCGGGGGCAAGCCCAAGGGCGAGACGGAGGGCGCGAAGGAGGGCAAGAAGAUCCAAGUCACGCUGGACGACAAAGCCGUGAAGCAGAUGAUGGAUAAGGACUCGUGGCUGGACAACGUGGUGGAGGGCCUCUCCGAGUCCGCCGCACGCGAACGCGACGAGCGCACCCCGGAGGAGAACGCCAAGCUCGACAAGGUCCUCGCCGACCUCUCCGACCUCGCGAAGAAGGAUAAAGGCGAGCGAUCCAGCGACGAGGUUCGCGAAAAGUUCGAGUCGCUCUUUGAGAUUUUGGAGAUCAGCGACGAGCCCGCGGUGCCCAAGGAGGACAUGGAGAGACUCAAGAAGGAGGUGUUCGGGUACAACACCUUCUGGGUGACGGGCACCGAAGAUCUCGGCGCGGAGAUCGCCGGCGAGGGCGUGCUCGUCAAGGGUAACCUGAGGGCGCCGAGGCAGGAGGUGUUUGAGAAGGUUCAAGCCGGGUGCGAACGGCUGUUUCCGAACAAGUACACCGUGUUCGUCCUGGAGGAACCGGGCGGGAUCUUCGACGACGACUCGUCUCCCGGGGCGUCGAUGUCCGGCUCGUUCGACUCGUCCGACCCGAGCGCGAACACCCGCGGACCGAGGGUGUCCUUCCUCAUCGUGCCCGCGGACAAGGCGGGACCCAACCCUUCAACGUCUGGUUGGCAGUACCUCGUCGCGAUGGUCCUCUUCGGCCUCACCGCGGGCAGCGCGUUCCAGCUCGGUCUCGUCGCCGAGGUGAGCCGGCUCCCCGCGGCGACGAUGGACUGGCUCGCGGCGGGGUCGCAGGGUAUCGACACCACCUUAGCCCCCGGCGAGCUGCCCCCGGGCUUGGAAGAUUUCGACGUUCAGGCGUACGUGGAGGGUGCUUUUCCAAUCGCGGGUGGCAUCUGGGCCGUCUCCGCCGCGCACGAGGUGGGUCACAUGAUCGCCGCGGCGGUGCGCGAGGUGAAGAUCGGCAUCCCGUUCCUCAUACCCAACGGUCAGCUCGGUACCUUCGGGUCCAUCACGCAGAUCAAGUCCCUGCCAAAGACGCGCGAGGACAUCUUCGACGUGGCUAUCGCGGGACCCAUCGCGGGCACGGUUGUCGCCUCGACGCUCUUCUUCUACGGGCUGGCGCUGAGCGCGGGGGGCGACGCGAGCGAGCUGCUGCCGAUCCCGUCGGAGCUCUUCAGCGGAUCGCUGCUGCUCGGGUCCAUCUCGGAGAUUUUCCUCGGAGACACGGGCAACGCGGCGAAGGGGGUGAUGGUGCACCCGCUGUUCAUCGCGGGAUGGUGCGGUCUCGUGACCCAGGCGCUGAAUAUGCUCCCCGUGGGCCAGAUCGACGGCGGACGGGUCACCCAAACCGGGUUCGGGCGCAGGGCCCUCGGGCUGACUUCGUUGGGCGUCUACAUCGGCUUGUCCCUGGGCCUCAUCGCGUCGAGCCUGAGCCUGUCGUGGGCGCUGUACGUGCUCAUCUGCCAGCGGACGCCCGAGUUUUCGCCCCAGGACGACGUGACGGAGGUUGACGAGGCGAGACAGAGAACGGCGCUGCUCCUGAUCUUCCUCGCGUUCUUGGUGCUCCUGCCGGGCGGCCAGGGGGUGUCGCAAGACGUCAUGCCGAUGCUGUGAGUGUUGGGGUGGUGAAUACAAAAAAUCAUACUGUUUGCU